AUGGGACCAGCUAACAAAUCUCAAAUAUCUUCAAAUAACUUCUCGCUGUUGGGCAUCCCAGGACUAGAGCACCUGCACGUCUGGAUCGGGAUUCCCUUCUGCUCCAUGUACCUGGUGGCUGUGGUGGGGAACGUGACCAUCCUGGUGGUGGUGAGGACAGAACGCAGCCUCCAUGAGCCUAUGUUCCUCUUCCUGUGCAUGCUCUCAGUCACAGACCUGGUCCUCUCCACAUCUACACUGCCCCGCAUGCUCUGUCUCUUCUGGCUUGGAGCCCGUGACAUUGCUUUUGAUGCCUGCUUGGCCCAGAUGUUCUUCAUCCAUAGCUUUACUGCUAUGGAAUCAGGCUUCUUUUUGGCCAUGGCCAUUGACCGUUAUGUGGCCAUUUGUCAUCCACUGCGCCAUACCACCAUUCUCACUCAUGCUCGCAUUGCCAAAAUGGGAGCUUCUGUGGUACUCCGGGGAGUGGCCUUCUUUUCCCCACAUCCCAUUCUCCUCAGGCAGCUGCCCUACUGCAGGACUCGAAUCAUUGCGCACACCUACUGUGAGUUCAUGGCUGUGGUGAAGCUUGCGUGUGUGGACACAGGAGCCACCAAGCGUUACAGUCUCAGUGUGGCCUCUGUCAUCGGUUCCUGUGAUGGCUUUUUCAUUGUUAUUUCUUAUGUCCUAAUACUCCGUGCAGUCUUUCAUCUUCCAUCACGGGAAGCAAGUUUUAAAGCUCUGGGCACAUGUGGCUCUCACAUCUGUGUCAUCCUUGUUUUCUACUCCACAGCUGUCUUUACCUUCCUGACUCAUCGCUUUGGUCACAAUGUGGUGCCCCAAAUUCACAUAUUCAUUGCUAAUAUGUACCUUAUGGUACCACCUUUUCUUAACCCCAUUGUUUAUGGUAUUAGGACCAAGAAAAUUCGAGACUAUGUCCUUAGUUCUCUAAAGGUAAAGGCUGCUUGA